GCGCGGCCGCUGCCCGGCGGCUCCGCGGUUCUGGCGGCGCCACGCACGGCGGCCCCUGGCGGAGCGCGGCCAGGCGGGAUGACGGCGGAGGCGCGGGGAGCGCCCGGCGGCGGCUGAAGGCGGACACGGGGCGCGUGGAGGCGAGCGGCUGAAGCUCAGGGGCGAGUCCGGCCGAUGACAGCGGGCUCGACUGAAGGGGACGCGGAGCGAACGAAGCGGGAGCGGGGCAGCAGCGGCGUUGCCGAGCCCGUCCCGCGGCGGCUCGCGCCGCGCCUGCCCUGAGGACAGCAGGACCCCGGCAGGGAAAGUUUGGCGCUCGCCCGCCCCCGUCCCGCCGGGCAAAGUUGUCUUUGGGUUUGUUUGUUUGUUUUCUCUUUCCUCCUCCUCCUCCUCCCCCCUUCCGCUCCCCCGGCGGCUCCGCGCGGGGAGGAAACGGCGAGGGAAGCAGGAACUGAGGAGCGACCCGGGAGCCUCCCCAGCGCCCGGCAGAGCCCGCUGCGCUCCUCUCCUCGUCCGUGCGGUGUGUGAGGGCAGCCAGGACUUCGUUUUUGGUGGUGUUUUUCGUUGUUGUUUUUUGUUGGUUUUUUUUUUUUCAAGCCCCUUUGUUUUUUGCCCGCCCGCUUCUCCCUCCGGUACAAUAUAUGCUCGUGGAGAGCCGCCCCGCCGCCCAGCCAUGUCGGCGGCCAUCUCUGCCGCGGAGAAGGUGGAUGGCUUCACACGGAAAUCGGUGCGCAAGGCGCAGAGGCAGAAGCGCUCGCAGGGCUCCUCGCAGUUCCGCAGCCAGGGCAGCCCGGUGGAGCUCUCGCCGCUGCCCCAGCUCAAAGAUGCCACCUUCAAUGAACAGCAAGAUCUUUUUUGUCAGAAGUUGCAACAGUGUUGUGUGCUCUUUGACUUCAUGGACUCUGUUUCAGACCUGAAAAGCAAAGAAAUCAAGAGAGCAACACUGAAUGAACUGGUUGAAUAUGUUUCAACAAAUCGUGGAGUGAUUGUUGAGUCAGCUUAUGCUGACAUAGUGAAAAUGAUUAGUUCUAAUAUUUUCAGAACACUUCCACCUAGUGAUAACCCUGAUUUUGAUCCAGAAGAAGAUGAACCAACUCUUGAAGCCUCAUGGCCCCACAUACAGCUGGUGUAUGAGUUUUUCCUGAGGUUUUUGGAGAGCCCGGAUUUUCAGCCCAGCAUUGCGAAGCGAUACAUUGACCAGAGAUUUGUACAGCAGUUGUUGGAGCUCUUUGACAGUGAAGACCCACGAGAACGUGAUUUCCUAAAGACAGUUCUUCAUAGAAUUUAUGGAAAAUUCCUCGGUUUAAGAGCAUUCAUCAGGAAACAGAUAAACAACAUUUUCCUCAGGUUUAUAUAUGAAACAGAGCACUUCAAUGGUGUUGCUGAACUCCUUGAGAUAUUAGGAAGUAUUAUCAAUGGUUUUGCACUGCCACUGAAAGCAGAACACAAACAGUUCCUUAUGAAAGUUCUGAUUCCCAUGCAUACUGCAAAGGGAUUAGCUUUGUUUCAUGCACAGCUUGCCUAUUGUGUUGUACAGUUCCUGGAAAAAGAUACAACUUUAACAGAGCCUGUAAUCAGAGGAUUGCUCAAAUUUUGGCCAAAAACAUGCAGUCAGAAAGAGGUAAUGUUUUUAGGUGAAAUUGAAGAAAUCUUAGAUGUUAUAGAACCAACACAAUUCAAAAAAAUAGAAGAGCCUUUAUUUAAACAAAUAUCCAAGAGUGUGUCAAGUUCACAUUUUCAGGUUGCAGAAAGAGCUUUGUACUUCUGGAAUAACGAAUAUAUUCUUAGCCUGAUUGAGGAGAACAUUGAUAAAAUUCUACCAAUUAUGUUUGGCAGUUUGUACAAGAUCUCCAAAGAACACUGGAAUCCAACCAUUGUGGCACUGGUGUACAACGUGCUGAAAACCCUGAUGGAAAUGAAUGGCAAGCUCUUUGAUGAACUCACGAGCUCGUACAAAGCAGAAAGGCAAAGAGAGAAGAAGAAAGAAUUGGAACGUGAAGAGUUGUGGAGAAGGUUGGAGGAGUUGAAGCUUAAGAAGGCGAUGGCAGAAAAGCAGAACAGCACUCACAACGUGCUCAAUGCACACAACACAAGUGCCAAAUAAAAGAAAUGACCACCUCUACUCGGCAGACAUUCUUUUUUUGUACCCUUUUGAAAUAUAUAAGGAUUUGCAAAAGAAACCUCAUCAGUA